GUAUAGUGCAGUGGACACCAAUCCAUUAUCUGUAUAUGUUAUGCAUCCAUUCUGGAACUCUGUAGUUAAGAUUUUACCGACAUGGCUGGCACCAAAUCUAUUGACGUUCUCUGGUUUCAUGCUACUUGUGCUUAACUUUUUUAUGUUGGCCUAUUUUGACUAUGAUUUUUAUGCUUCAGGUUCAGGUUAUACACAUGUUCCAAGUUGGGUAUGGAUUGCUGCUGGUCUCCUGAAUUUCACGGCAUACACGUUAGAUGGAGUUGAUGGGAAGCAAGCUCGACGGACUAGCUCCAGCACUCCACUUGGAGAACUCUUUGACCAUGGUUUGGACAGCUGGGCCUGUAUAUUUUUUGUAGUCACUGUCUAUUCCAUCUUCGGACGUGGGGAGGCGGGUGUCAGUGUCCUUACGCUCUUCUUCAUUCUGUGGGUAGUAUUAUUUUCCUUUAUACUUUCCCACUGGGAGAAGUACAACACAGGGAUUCUUUUCCUUCCAUGGGGAUAUGACCUCAGUCAAGUGACUAUUUCAAUUGUGUACAUCGUUACUGCUAUAGUUGGUGUUGAAGCUUGGUAUGGACCAGUCUUCCUUAAUUUACAAUACAGAGAUCUCUUCAGUGUUAUGAUUCUGGGUUGUGCCUUUAUUGUCACGUUUCCUGUGAGUUUGUACAAUGUUUUCAAAGCAUAUAGGUCUAACACCCUGAAGCACCACUCCUUUUAUGAAGCAAUGCUGCCAUUCGUUUCACCAGUAUUGCUUUUCAGUCUUUGCACACUCUGGGUCUGUAGAUCACCAUAUGAUAUUAUGGAGAAACAUCCAAGAAUAGUAUACUUUUUGGUUGGCACAGCCUUUUCUAAUCUCACGUGUAAGCUCAUAGUUUGUCAGAUGAGUAAUACUCGCUGUCAGCCCCUCAGCUGGUUUCUCCUGCCAUUGGUUGUAGGUGUGAUUUUUGUAAUCUCUGGUAUCUUGCAAGACAAAGAAUAUCCUCUUCUCAUUAUUUUGACUACAGUAAUAACUCUUGCACAUAUUCACUAUGGAGUAUGUGUGGUGAAUCAACUGAGCAAACAUUUUAACAUUUACGUAUUCUCAUUGAAAAAACCAAACAUUGAAUGACUAGAGGAGGAACAGAAAAUUGGCUUGCAGGCUUCUGAAGUAUUGUAAAGAAUAGCAACAGAAGAGCCUGUGAAUGCUUCAACCAUCACUGCAAACUGUGCCCCCCACCACCAACAGUAGAAAACAGGAGAUUUAGAUGGUCCCUCCUAAGUAUUAAGAUAUUGUUUAAUGAAGAGGUACUGAUAAAAUGAAUAACUUAAUUAUGUAAAUAGACAAUAACUGUACACAAAGGUUGUGUGCAAUUGGCUGGCACUGUUUUUUUUUGACGUGACGCUCCCUUUCAUUCAAGUUCUAUUGUACUAUCGGACUCUUUGAUUAAAAUAGAUGGUAACUUGUAUCCAAGACAAUGGAUGAAGAAACAUUUCGUUGGACUUCCACUCUUUUUAAAUUCAGAACCUAGUCCUUGGGUAAUGUGAUUAUACUUUUGUUUUUUUCUGCAUUGUCCGCAUUUUUUUUUCAACUUGUCCUGAAACAUAAUUCCAUCUUUCCUAGUAUACUGGAGAUUGUGUUCUCUUGCCUAUAGUCUGAGUAAAAUGGCCAAUUUUGGAAAUUGCACAUUUUUACAAAGAUGGAAUAGUAAUGGAGUCUUGAGUAUGAGUUUGCCACAGCUCAUGUUUAAACCUCUUUUCUGAGAAAGUUAUAGCUUUUGCAAAAGAAAUUGGAUGGAAAUAUUAAAAAUGAAGUUCAUUAUCCAAAACCAAUCAAAGUCUUAAAUAGAUGUUCUCAGUUCUUCUGUUUCAGUUUUUUUUGUGUGGUGGUGAAUGCAUGCCGAUUUUUCUACAAUAUAGUUUUUUCAAUGGGAGAUUUGUGCUUGAAUGAAGAGUAUACUAAAAGUCUCAGAGCAAGGUAUACUUGGAAGGAACAAGCAUUACUAGUAGUAGUUGUGUUUAUUUUACAAACCAGAGGUUUAGUUCCUAAAUACUGUUUAGGAAAAGCAAUUUAAUGUGUGUAUUUUCAUUUUUGGCAAUUACACUCAGUUAAGGUGGAGGGGUGUAGAGAAGGGGUAGAACUAUCUGAUUGUCAUGUUUCAUAAUAUAAUAAUCCAUACUUAAUUUGGAUCCUUGUUAAGCACAAGUUAGUUAAUGGUCUCACUUCCAUAGAGGCAAAGCUUGCCAUAAUAAAAUAUUGCAAUAUUCAUUUUCAUAACUAAUUUCUUCCAAAAUAUUUGGAUCUGUUGAAUAGAAUCUGUUCUAAUAACUUUUAUGUUUUCAUGCUAACCAUUUUGUACUAACUCCAGUUUCUUUUUAAAGCAAUUUUGACUGGGCCAACUAAUUAUAACCAUAUGAUUAAUUGUAUUGCAGCUUCAAUGAGAUACCAGCAAGUCUUGCACAGUUGUAUCAAUAAUUGUCUCUGAAUAUGAACUAAAGUUCUAAUAUCAUGGCAAAAUAUCAAAUCCACCUUUUUAUGUUUUUAACUAUCUGUAGUUAAAAAGUGAAGUUUGAAUCCACUUAAUGCCUCUUUGUUGUGCCUCACUGACCUCUUGGAAACUUUAGAAUAAUCAUCUUUAUAUCACUUACUAUUUCACCUGUGGUUUGUGUGUUUGAUUCUGAUGUUUCAAACAUAUGUUGUCAGAAUUCUAAGAGAUGAAUACCUAAAGUUUUUAGCUUUGUAAUUCAGUCAGAUUGAAUCUGACUUGAAAGUCAUAAAUUGAAAGUGCUUAAUUUGACCAUCAACUUUCAACCAAAAUACAAUUCAAAGCCCACUUGUGAUUCAUAUUUGUUGUUGGAAGGAGUCCAUGAUCAAUUGUUUGACUAGUUCCCUUCAUUUAUUAAAGGGUGCAAUGCUAUGGAAUAUUGUUUUUCUUUAAUUUGCGGCUUCAGGUUGCAUGUAACUUCUACCUUUUUUUAUUCCAAUUUGUAGAAGAGAUUGAGAUCCUGGUAGUGCAUUAGUUCAAAUCGGAAUGUACAGUGAGCUGGCUGAUCUAGCAAUGGUUUUAAUACUACCUCUUGUAUAUGAGGAUGUCGGUCCUUUUAACAACUGUGUCAAUUUGUGAAGUACUACUUGAAACUAAUGCAGAAGUUUGUUUAAUAUUAGAGGUAGAAGCACUUUCUGUGCCAAUUCCAGACGAGUCUGUUAUUUCCGGGUUCAGACAGUAACUGAAUCAUGAAUUCAUGCAAAUGUAACUUUUUUAUUGAUUUUUAGCUGCUGAUGUAAUUAUUGUAACAUUUUUGUUAGGGAUGUCAAUGAAUUAUAUCUUAAGCUAAUAUUAAGUGUUGCUAUUUACAAUUUAAUUUUGCUUUCCUCUCCAUCUACUCAGUUAAAUUGCCAGUAAUGUGAUUGUGUCUUAAACACUUAAUUGGUGUGGAGCAUUGAUGUGUGAACAUCCUCAUGGCUUUCAGUUGUUAUGGGUACACAUUAUUUGAUUAAUUCUCAAGAGGCUGUUAUUUUGUACAGAAAUAUCUAAAUACAACUUUGCUGUUAAUGAAAAAUAAACUCUUCUCCUAUUAUGAAUUAAUGCAUGGUUAAGUUGGUUAGAUAUGUACAAUGAAUGCUGACUUGGAAUAAUUGCAGAUAUUUGAUAGUGUAAAUAGGUUCUUAUGUUGUAUAGUGGUUCUCAAUGUCAGAAAAUGAGUUGUGGUGAAGUGACCACAGAACUUAUGUGCCUCCCUUGUAUCACUGGAUUUUGCAAUUUUUUUUAUAUUCCUAGUAAUAUCCUGCAAAAAGUACAAUACCUUCCCCCUGCUUCAGUUAAAAGCUUUUAAGUAGAAGUUCAAUCAAACCGCUUCUAUGGAGAAAGUAGUGAACAUUCUUGUACACUAAGGUGACUUGUGGUUUUCUUGAUGAAAGUUAAAGUUUAGUAUUUCCACUUGCAUAUCUUACUAGCUUUUUUUGUAAGAAGUGUCAGUGGCUGCAGUUUUUUUUUAACCAUUUUAAGAUUUUGAUAUUUCUUGCAGGCAUUAUUCUCCUUGGCCUUUGCCAUGUAAUUUCAUAGUGGUAAAAACAGAACAGCUUAACAAUCUUGUCACUUUUUUUUUCUUUUUAAGUAGCAGUGGCAGUCUAGGUUUUCUAGAACACUUAAUCCAAAUGUUGGAUACGAGGGGCUGAUGGUCAAAUUUUGGCUUUGUUUACAUCCCUCUCUCUACCACAAAUAGUUUAACUGUUUAUUAGCACUAAAACCUGUAAGCAUCUUAUGUAAUUAAUGCAAAAACCUUUUGUUUUUUUGGGUUUUGGGUCCAGGGUGCAUGGUUACUCCAGAUUCCAUUAGUACCAAAGGUCCUGUAUAAUGAAAAUGAUAAAUUAUUUCCAUUCAAACUGAAACAAUUAAACCUUAACAAAUUUAUACUAGAUUGUGAAGUGCUUUUCACACCUGCCAUUGUAGUGUACUGUUAAUUCAAUUUGCACAUUGAUCUUGUUUACAAGUUAAUACCACAAUACAGCUGUGUAGAAAUCUGUUUUCUAUCCUUUUGAAAGCCGAUUUUAUUCAAAUAGUUAACCCAUUUUGCUGCUCAAUUGCUGACAUUUUUAAAUUUGGGAAUGAUGUUUGUUUGUUUGUUUGUUUGUUUGUUUUUGUUUGUUUAAUUAACUUAAUUGUGUGCAUGUUGUAUAAUUCAGAAGCCUGAAUACAGCUUAAUUUGUGAUAUUAUUUAAAUUGAUAUUUAAUGUCUUAUGCAGGCAAUUAAAUUCAGAUUAUUCAGAUUAUAUCUGUCUCUGUUAGAUGUAUUCGGUAAUAUUUUGCUGCCUUGAGUUUGCUUCUGAAACUGAUUGUUCAAGGCUGCUCGUUUUUGUUUCUUUGUUCCUCAGUAAAUUAAUUUAAAGAAUAAGUGGGAUAUGAAAAGAAGAGAUGGACGUUCUCAUAAACCUUGGAUGAUAGUUAAAAGCACAUUUAAGCAGUUCGGGGUUUGUCUGUUUUGGGGAAAAAUCUGGUGAAAGGAAUAAUUUUCAAAAAUGCUAAACCAAAAUAUGAAUUUUCUUUCCUGUAAAUCUAAAAUGCCACAAUGUUAUAGUUUGCAGAUGCCAUUUCAGUUGGAGCUUAUUUUGGAGAACAUUGAGAAGACUGCAUAUAAUUUAAACACUUGUGAAUGUCUUAAAUUUUGAUCACUACCUGUUAACUGAGUGAUUUAACAAUAAAAGUGAAAUGAGCUUGUUAACUGGUUAUUAAAUCAAUUUAAAUGCAACUUUUCCAGUCAUCUUGUAAACAUAGCCUUGAAGAUGCACUUUGUCAGAAUUGAUUCAAAUUGUUUACUGCCAACCUUGGGUGUAUUAAGAGUUCUGUGAUUUUCAUACACUCUUCUCGUUAACUUUAGUAUAUCAACAGGUAACAAUUUCAUGCUUAUCAGGCAAUAAUUUUGAAAUCUUUUUUGAUUUUUAAAUCUCAUUUUAAUACUUUUAUUUUGAAUUGCUAAAAAUUGAAGGGAUUUUGGUUUGAACUUAGCUUUUGCAUUCCUCAUUGUGACAAUGCAGGAAAUGGUGGGUAUGCAAAAAUCUGUUUUCUUUGCAACUUGUCUGAGUUCUGGUCUCUGAUUUAACUGAAUUAAUUGCAUACAUAAUAUUUCAGAGAACCUUAUUUUGGACAGCCCUCCAAAUUUAAAGAAAAGUUAAAAUAAUUUAUCAGUAUUGCACCUUUUGUGAUAAUAAAUGACAGCUCUAAAGUACAUGCUUGGACUUUGGAAAGAAUGGAAUGUUAUACGUGAGUUGCCAGAAGUGACUUGGUUACAAAAAUCAAUAAAAUAAAUUGUCU